AUGAGUGCUACUAGCGACAAGAAUAUUUCAAAUUCGGAAACUCAUUCGGUGGCAAACAAAGAAAACAUAUUGAAACUGCUGUCACCACCAAUUGCUGAUGAACUGUCUUCGAUAAGCAUAUCGGGCGUUGAUGACAAUUAUACCGAAAAUGCGUCAACAACUCCAGUUUCAUCCCAACCGCCACGCUUAGACCUAAGCAGUGGCUUUAUACGACAUAUUGUUUAUAAUCAAGUGGCGAGGGUUUUUGCCGUCGUCCUGAUAAAUUUUGUAAUGUAUAAGUAUGAAAUAUUCCUCACUGAAAUUCAACAUUCCAGGGAUGAAUAUGAUAAAUUGUUGAAGGCGAAGAGCAAUAUGUCGACGGACAAUGGGAAAAAAUCAAGAAACGAUCGCACUCGACAGCUCUAUGUGCCUCCACAUAAACGGCAACAAGUAGCAGCAACUGCACUAGAAAAUGCGGAUAGCGUAAAGAAUCCGUGGAUGAGGAUUGCUGAGCAGGAUUCACCGGAACGUUUAGCGAUACGUAAACGUCUCGAAAGGGAAAUGGAAAGCAAGAAAAAGAUGAAAGUCGGUGAUACUUUUGUAAGUAAAGCGCUUUUCGUGGUCCAUUAUUCGGAUAUAAAUGGCAAGAAUUUAGAGCAGGUUGUACGAUCGGAUGAUGCUCCGGAUGGAUUGGCGUCAGUAAUUUCGCGACGUAUGGGCUUAAGUGUUGAUGAAUGCCACGAAUUGAGUGCCUGUUUGCAAUCGGAAAUUGAUAAGACUGGCCGACGAGCGCGACUGUCUCACAGGCUGGACCAGAACGGCAACAACGGCUCAGCAGAAGCAGCAGCUGAAUUGGUCAUAUCAUCAAAUGAAAGUGCGAUCCUGACGAAAAGCAAUCUCAGUAACGGUGCCGUUUUACUGCCGCGACGUCGUCGAACUAUUUCAGUUCUUGCAGUUGCAAGGUUAUUUUCUUUUUUCCUCUUAAAACAAUUGUUCAGUUCGUUCUUCUAG